UUUAGUCGUUAGGUGCGCUGAGGUCUAUCUCUUAAUCAUAUUUUAAGACGACGUAGUUCGCUCUUCUUGUGAGUUGUAAAUGGUGGAUAGUCUGUCAUCGUGUUGCGUUAACAUCAGGUAAAAAUGUAUAAGGCAAGGACAGUAUUUAAUACAUUAACUCCUUUGGCACCUCGAAUGUGCAAACCUGAAAGGUUUGCUUCAUGGCUGGUACGAAGUCAUCCCUUGACAAGAACUACACAAGUGAUGGUAGCCAAAUCAGCCAGAAAGUAUAGCAAUCGGGUAGCAACAGAACCUUUUCUCAAUGGAAGUUCUAGUUCUUAUGUAGAAGAAAUGUAUAAUGCAUGGUUACAAGAUCCUCAUAGUGUACAUGUGUCUUGGGAUUCAUUUUUCCGUAGUAGUACUGCUGGAGCUGCACCAGGUCUUGCAUAUCAGGCUCCUCCUUCCCUUGCUCCAAGUCAUAACCAAGUUCCAUUAGGAGCAUUAUUACCACUUGGUGGAAGUACUCAAUUAAGCCAAAUACCUAUUACUGAGAAAGUAAUUGAUGAUCAUCUGGCUGUUCAAGCUAUUAUUCGUUCUUAUCAGGCUCGAGGUCACUUAGUUGCUGAUCUGGACCCACUGGGUAUCAUGCAAACAGACCUGAUACAUACACAUUAUGCAGCCCGCAAGGGAUCUCCAGAACAGGUUCUGCGACAAUAUAUGCUUGAGGAGUCAGACAUGGAUCGUAUUUUCAAAUUACCGUCCACCACUUUUAUCGGAGGCAAAGAAAAAUCAUUACCUCUUCGUGAAAUCUUAAAAAGAUUAGAAGCUGCUUAUUGUGGUCACAUUGGUGUGGAAUUCAUGUUUAUUAACUCCUUAGAACAAUGCAAUUGGAUUCGGCAAAAAAUGGAGACACCUGGUAUUAUGGAAAUGACAAAUGAUGAAAGAAGACUUAUUUUGGCUAGAUUAACUCGAGCAACUGGAUUUGAAGCAUUUCUUGCACGCAAAUGGUCAUCCGAGAAAAGAUUUGGUUUAGAAGGAUGUGAAAUUCUAAUUCCUGCUAUGAAACAAGUAAUUGAUAAAUCAACUGAAUUAGGAGUUGAAUCUAUUGUUAUGGGUAUGCCUCAUCGAGGUCGUUUAAAUGUCCUUGCUAAUGUAUGCCGCAAGCCUUUAAGUCAAAUAUUUACUCAAUUUGCUGCUCUUGAAGCAGCUGAUGAUGGAUCUGGUGAUGUUAAAUAUCAUUUGGGAACGUAUAUUGAGCGUCUAAAUCGAGUAACAAAUAAAAACAUUCGUUUGGCUGUAGUGGCAAAUCCAUCUCAUUUGGAAGCUGUUGAUCCGGUAGUACAAGGAAAGACUCGUGCAGAACAAUUCUACCGUGGUGAUGGUGAAGGCAAAAAAGUCAUGUCUAUUCUCCUGCAUGGUGAUGCUGCAUUUUGUGGACAGGGUAUCGUUUUUGAAACAAUGCACUUAUCAGAUUUGCCUGAUUACACAACUCAUGGUACUAUUCAUAUCGUGGUAAAUAAUCAAAUUGGAUUUACAACAGAUCCAAGACAUUCACGAUCAUCUCCAUACUGUACUGAUGUUGCAAGAGUAGUGAACGCACCUAUCUUUCAUGUUAAUUCGGAUGAUCCUGAGGCUGUGAUGCAUGUUUGCAAAGUUGCUGCAGAAUGGAGAGCAACUUUUCACAAAGAUGUUGUUAUUGAUAUUGUAUCAUAUAGACGAAAUGGUCAUAAUGAAAUUGAUGAACCUAUGUUUACACAACCUUUAAUGUACCGCAAAAUUAAAAAUACUCCACCAGUUCUAGACAAAUAUGCUAAAACUCUUACUGACGAUGGUGUUGUCACUUCUGAAGAAGUUAAGGAUGUUAAAGAUAAAUAUGAAAAAAUCUGUGAAGAAGCAUAUGUCAAUGCUAAACAAGAAACGCAUAUUAAAUAUAAAGAUUGGCUGGAUUCUCCAUGGUCUGGUUUCUUUGAAGGAAAAGAUCCUUUAAAAGUAUCUCCUACUGGUAUUAAAGAAGACACACUCAUUCAUAUUGGAAAAAAAUUCUCAUCACCACCACCCAAUGCAGCAGAAUUUGUAGUUCAUAAAGGUAUCGAACGUAUUUUGAAAUCUCGUAUGGAAAUGAUAGAAGCUCGAACAGUUGAUUGGGCUCUUGGAGAAGCUAUGGCUUUUGGUUCCUUACUUAAAGAGGGCAUUCAUGUUAGAUUGUCAGGUCAAGAUGUAGAAAGAGGAACUUUUUCACAUAGACAUCAUGUUCUUCAUCAUCAAACUGUAGAUAAAGCUACUUAUAGACCGUUAUGUUAUCUUUAUCCAGAUCAAGCUCCAUACACUGUGUGCAAUAGUUCUUUAUCAGAGUUUGGUGUUCUUGGAUUUGAAUUAGGUUAUUCUAUGACAAAUCCUAAUGCAUUAGUAUGCUGGGAAGCGCAAUUUGGUGAUUUCAAUAAUACAGCACAAUGCAUUAUCGAUCAAUUUAUUAGCAGUGGUCAAGCUAAAUGGGUACGUCAAUCUGGUCUUGUUAUGCUGCAACCUCAUGGUCUCGAAGGAAUGGGACCUGAGCAUUCCAGUGCUCGUUUGGAACGUUUUUUACAAAUGUCGGCUGAUGAUCCAGAUUAUUUUCCUCCUGAAAAUGAAGAAUUUGCUGUACGCCAAUUGCAUGAUAUCAACUGGAUUGUAGCUAAUUGCAGUACACCAGCAAAUUAUUUUCAUAUUUUAAGAAGACAAAUUGCAUUGCCAUUUAGAAAACCUUUGAUUUUAAUGACACCAAAAUCAUUACUUCGUCAUCCAGAAGCGAAAUCUAAUUUCGAUUUAAUGCUAGAAAAUACAGAGUUUCUUAGAGUAAUACCAGAAGAAGGUGUAGCUUCUCAGAAUCCUAAUAAUGUUAAAAGAGUGCUUUUUUGUUCUGGUAAGAUUUACUAUGAUCUAAAAAAAGCACGCGCAGAGAAAAAUUUGGAUGAUAAAGUUGCUAUUAUAAGAAUUGAACAGGUAAAUAGAUAUCAAUGUAAUAAAUAUCAAGUUUUGAACUUAAUACUUCUAUCGUUUUACUUAAAAUUAUCUGAGUGUUUUUAUUUACAGAUUUCACCUUUCCCAUAUGAUUUAGUUAAAAAAGAAGCUGUUAAAUAUUCCAAUGCAGAUUUAGUAUGGGCUCAAGAAGAACAUAAAAAUCAAGGUGCAUGGACAUAUAUUCAGCCUAGAUUCCAUACAGCUCUUAAUGGAACUCGUUCUGUAUCAUAUGUUGGUCGACCAACGGGAGCUUCACCCGCAACAGGAAGUAAAAUGCAGCAUCUCAAAGAAUUGAAACAAUUACUUGAUGACUCCUUCAAUCUUUAAUUAUUCUUCGUAGCACUAUGUAUAACACAUUUUAUUUAUUUUCUUCAUUAUACUUGUUAUAUUCUUUUUGUCCUGCUCUACAUCACUCUUUUAGAGAUUAACAUAAUUUGCAAUUUUCUUCAUUAUUAAUUCACUUAGAAAUUUAGAAAUAUCGCACGUACGAAUACUUUCUUGAUAGAUUUAUUAUAAAAUUUAUGUAGUUUGUAUUAAUUCUUUUGUUUUAAAAUUUCUAUUUUAUAUAAGUGCAAUGAUCGAAUCAAUAACUUGAUACUUCAAAACAUUUCUUUGGUUUUAUUAAAAAAAUAAAAAAUAUAAAUUUAAUGAAAAA